AUGGCAGAUUCGAAUAAGCGCAAAGAAAGACCGGGCGGAAGUGGUCAAGACAAGAGAGGACUGAAGAGGAGUAAGGGUGGAUCAGGAGGCAAGUGGCAGACACCACACCAGAAAGUAAAAGAAGCUUCUCGUGGAAACGGCAAGAUUGAGCCUGGUGAUGCCGGUAUAUGGGCGACAUGCGCAAGAAAUCAAGAGGGAAAGGCGACUGGGGAGCUCAAGAUUAUGCUUGAGGAAUGCGCGGAGAGGUUCUAUGGUAUUGUGUCGAGGUCAGAGGAGCAAGAAGAUGAGGAGGAUGAGUCGAUGGACGACAUUGAGUCCUCAAUUCAAAGGGAAGUGGCUUCCCUGGGCAAGAAGCAAAACCACGCCAAGCUCAUUGCUCCAGUUCGCCUAGACCUGCAAUGCGUCUUAUUCUUCAAAAUCAGACCACCAAUUGAACCAGUUGAUUUUGUGCAUAGGAUAUGCAAGGAGGUAGUAUCUACACCGAGCAUCAGACGGAUGAAGUACAUCAACCGAUUGACACCGAUGACCUUGAUGGGCAAAGCGACGGAGAAAGGGCUCGAAGAAGUAGGGAGAGUUGUCCUCGGUCAGCACUUCAAUCUUCGAGAGGACCAAGAAAAUACUAUGGAGGAUGAGGGCCAUGAAGGAAGAAAAUACGCAAUUCGGCCGACUACUCGCAAUCACACUGCCCCCCUGAAAAGAGACGGUAUAAUCAAGCAAAUUGCGAAUCUAAUAUCAGAUGAGCAUAAAGUUGAUCUCACCAGCCCUGAAAAAGUCAUCAUUGUCGAAAUAUAUCAGACUGUCUGUGGAGUGAGCGUUGUAGAAAGCGAUUGGGAGUCGCUGAAGCGUUUCAACCUCGCCGAAUUGUAUUCGAGUCAACGUACACCGAAAGCCGCGGCAGCGUUAGCGUCAGCGUCAGACGGUGCUAAACUAUAA